AUGGUCGAGUUUGCUUGUGGACUCGCUAACAGCAAGAAAGCCUUCUUGUGGGUGAUUAGGCCUGACAUGGUGAAGUGUGACUCAAUGAUUGUACCCCACAAGUUUUUAAGUGAAACCAAAGACAGAGGCAUUGUGGUAAGUUGGUGCCCACAAGAGGAUGUGCUAAGCCACCCAUCAAUCGGAGGAUUCUUGACCCAUUGCGGAUGGAACUCGAUGACUGCAAGCAUGUGCGCAGGAGUGCCUGUGCUCUGCUGGCCGUUCUUUGCCGACCAGCAGACAAACUGUAGGCUCGCGUGCGUUGAAUGGGGCAUUGGCAUGGAGAUCGAUUGUAAUGUGAAAAGGGAUGAAGUGGAGAAGCUUGUGAGAGAGUUGAUGGAGGGAGAGAAGGGUAAGGAGAUGAGGAAACAUGCCAUGAAGUGGAAGAAAAUGGCAGAGGAAGCAGUUGGUGCAGAUGGCUGUUCAAACUUAAAUCUCGACAAAGUGGUCAAGGAGGUGCUGCAGCAGUUGAAUCCGUAGAUUUUUAUUUAUAUUUGUUGAAUCUGUUCUUUAAGAUUAUCUUUACUCUAUCUACGUACGUACAAUUAAUGCCCUUGGAGAUAUUGA